UACAAUUGUCAUCACUCUUUUUUGUUCAAAAUUUUAGGUGAUUUUCAGGUUCGGGGGCUGAGAGUUACUGGGAAAGAUGUUCCUACUGAAGCCCUUAGAGGAGAAAGAUGUCACCAUCCCUUGUCUACUGUCUGGUGUCCCAAUACCGCUGAAUCUAGAGAAACUAUCAGUUGUCUGGACUCUCAGGUUAAAAAAAUGGAACUGAAUGUGAGGUUUAUGGUUUUAGUAGUUACAAAACAACACCAUCGAGGAUCGGAUCUCACAUGAACGACAAAGACCUCAACAAGGCAAUGCCAGUCUUUUUUAUAUCCAACAUUCAGAUCACAGAUGAAGGGAACUAUCGCUGCUUUGUUAUUUUCACUCCAGAUUCUGGCUCCACUACAUCUACUCUGCAAGUAUCAGUUAAGCCGCAGACGGCGCUGAGCCAUGAUCAACACAUUGAAGUUGGAAUCAGGGGAUCUGUCCGUUGUGAAGUCAGCAAUUUUUACCCAGAAACUGUGAAGAUCCGAUGGGAUAAAUCCAGUAAAAGUAACAGCAGGAACUCAUCUUGGGACAAGGACGUUUGUUUCACAACACCUUUGGGGAACAGCGAUGGGACAUUUAAUGUGACCAGUGUGCUGACUGUGGAGCCGACUACCGACGCUGAACCCGGAGAUGUAUUAUUCUGUAUUGUCAGCCACAGAUCCCUGGAGGAGGAAAUGACUCUCAGCUUUAUCAUGCCAAGACGGAAUCCAGGAAUAGGUUUUUCUAUUGCUUCAGCUGUUGCAUUCAUAAUCUCAUAUUUAACAUACUUUUUGAGGAUCUAUUUUAAUGAAAGAUUGGAUCCAAGGAUCAAAGUUGUUUUAGGGGUAAUUUUUAUGGUAUCGUCCAUCAACAGCAUUGGUCUUGUAUGGUUUAUUAUUAUACUUCCUGAGGAAUUUUGAUGGUAAGUUUGUGAAAGUCCAGAUAUGUCCACAAUCUGGUAUACAAUGUAAGCCAUGCAUCAGCCAACAGGCCUCUUGCACAGCCCCAGGUAUUAGAGUUGGGUGUAACACCAGAAUGUUGGUGGACCAGAGGAGCCUUCUGCAGGAAGUCCUAAAGGCAUGUAGGGGGCGGGGUGUUUAGUGAUGUCACAUGAGAUUGUUAUUUUGUUCAUUUCUUUUGA